GUGUGCGUUCGUCUAGGAGCCGCCCUGCAGCACACGCUUCGACACCUUCCUGCACGUAUCCCUCACACUCUGCACACACACGAGAAGACAGGCAGCCGGGAGAAUGAAGACACCUCUCUGCACACACACAUGUGUGGCUUCCUUCCUCCCGUACCUCCUUGAAGUAGCCAUAGAACUCGUUCUGUGAGCACCGGCCAUAGCCACCCCUCCCCUCCCCGCCACACGUCGGCCAAUACAGGCCCUCGGACCGGUCGAUGCAUGUGUUCAGCUGCACCAAGUAACACACCAAAGGCCCUAGGAAAGCAGCAGCCUGCGGCGCAAAAUUCGGGCGGCAUUGCUCCCGAACGUAGCCACAAGCAGUCGAAGCGAUGCCCUUGGCGGCACUGUUGCUGAACUGGGUGCAGGGGUUGGAAGAGCUGCGGCAAAAGGGUGAGGGGUCACAGGACUGGAAGCACCGAUAGAGACUCUGACCGGACAGCAGGUUAGAAACGCACUGCGAGCAGCACUUUCGUUGCUGCAGGGCGCGCCCGCUGCCCUCCUCAGCCUCAGCGUCCACCACCCCCACACAGCCGUCCUCGUCGCAGUCGACGAAGGCCUCGGCGGCCAUGUCGGUGUCGUUUGCUGGUGAGGGGGGAAAGAUGGGCUGAUGCGCUGUGACAUUCGGGGGCGGGACCGGCUGUUGCGAUGGGAUGGGAGGGCUCGCCUCACCUACAGAGAAGCACACAUGCGCAAUAACAUAGAUAGAUAGUCCACCCUCUUCAUCCGGUUGUUACCGCUCGUGGAUGUCGAUUCAUUCAGGGGUCGCCCGUGCGGCUGAGAAAGCACCGCUGCGAUCAGACAGAGGAAGAUAAACGGACACAGCGCACGAGUCACCAUUGCGGCGUAGCGAAGAGAUCAAGCGUGACGGACAGGCAGGAAGGAAGCGGACGAAAGUGACAAGAGGCGGAAAGAACUGGAGGGAUGGGCUGCGGUGAUGCCAAGCGAACCGGCGGACUGCCAGCCUCAACGUCACGCCCCCUCAAUCAUUCCUUCUCUCAG